AUGAAGUUUUCAAACAUAGCAUUUAUCAGUGCUCUACUUCUAUCGCAAACAAAUGCUUUAACAUUAGAAUUACCAACUCAAACUAUAGAACCAUCAAUCACUCAAACUUCUAUAAUAUCAAAUCCUACAGAUUCAUCAUCAUCAUCAGCAGAAUCAAAACAUCAAUUUCAAAAACGUAUAAAAGAAAUCAAAAUAAAUAAAGAUUAUGCAAGAGCUCAAGCUAUGAAAACUGCUUCUUCUUCAUCUAUUCCACCACCUGCAAAUUGGGUAAGAACAGUUGAUGGUGUAAAAGAAAUUGUACGACCUACAGUUAUAGGAGGAGUUACAAUAAGUGCAAAACCACCAAAAGAAACAGAUCCUUUAGCUGAUUGGGUAUCAUUAAAUAAAGAAGGUUGGCCAAAAACUAUACAUCCUGAAAUUAAAAAUGGUAGAACUAAAAAUGGUAGACCAAAUUAUAGUACAUAUUUUCAAUCUGCUACAACAAUAACAUAUAAUAAAGAACAAUUAAAAGCUCAUAAUAUGGCAGAUGAUGAAAUUCAUGAAGAAGUUAUAUAUAUUGAAGAAUCAGAUUUAGAAAAUCAUUUAUUAAAUCCAAUUAUACGUUGUACUCCUGAUAGAUAUAAAAAAAAGGGUAUAGGAAAAGAUUCUUCAACUGAACCAUUUUGUACUCCAGAAGAUGAUGUUAGAGUUGAAAUGGAUAAAACUUCUUUUGUUACUUGGUAUUCGAGAUAUUUUAGUCCUGAAGUUGAAAAAGUAAGAAUUCAUUUAUAUAAUAUUAAAGAAUCUGCUCAUCAAAAAGGAUGGAAGAAAAGGGAAUUAUCAGUUGAAGAUGAUGAAGAUGAACAAGACAUAGAUUAUACUCCAUUUGAUAAAAGAUCAAAAGUUUUAGAGCAUGGAGGUAAAGUUCAAAAUUCAUUUUAUGUAUCAGAUUGGAUUAUUAAUGAAGAUGGAUUUUGGCCAUUAACAGUUACAGAAGAAUGGAUUGGUAAAGAUAUAUUUGAAAAAAAAGUUUUGAUAUCAUUACAACCAGAUAAUAUACCAGAUGAUGAAUUUAAUCCAUUAACUGAUUCAAUAGUUGUUGAAUUUUGGAAACGUUCAAAAGUAAGUAAAGGAGAAUUUGCAGAUUUAAAAAGAGUAGAAGAAAAAUAUAGACAAAAAUAUUUAGGAGAAGCUGAUGAAAUUGAAGAAGGUAUUGAUUAUGAAAAAUAUAUGGUUAUGAUGACUUUACCAACUUGUGUUGUUAUCGCAGCUUUUGGAACAUUAAUUAUAUAUUUUGAUGAUUUAUAUUAUUUAUUAUUUCCAAGACUGAUUACAUCAAGAUAUCGUUUCAAAUUAAAAGAGAAUUAUCUGUUUUUGAAUGGAUCAUUAGCUUUAAGUUCUGGAUGUUUAAUUAUAACUUCAUUAUAUCGAUUAUUACCUGAAGCUCAUAAAUAUUUAUUAAAACUGCAACAAGAUGAAAAUGAAACUAAAGAUGUGUUAAGUAAAAGACAGAUACAAUUUAAUUUAAUGAUUAGUUAUUUUGGUGGGAUUUUAAUAUGUUUAUUUUUUAAUUUUGCAUUACAUUUAUUAACUAGUGAAAGUGUUGUUCAUUGUAAUCAUGGAAGUAAUGUAAAAGGAGAGGAUGAAGAAGCUAUAAAUCAUCAUUAUGAUGGACAUCAUCACUCAUAUGAUAAUAGUAAAACUAAUCAUUAUCAUCAACAUUCACAUUCACAUUCAAAUAAUCAUGAAACAGACACUCCAGUAAAACCAUCAAGAGUAGAUGAUCCACAUUCAUCAGAAAUACAAGAAUAUUUCCCACAUCAAAACCCACCACAUCAACAUAAUCAUUCAGUUCAUAUGGAAGUAAGAGAUGAUGAAAAUACACCAUUAAUUAGAAAGACAUUAAAACCAAGAAAAUCAUUAAUACAAAUGUUUUUAUCUCAUUCAAAUGAUGAAGAAACUGCAGGAGAAUGUAAAGGUUAUUCAUCAGCUGAAUUAUGUACUUAUAAGAAUCAUGAACAUUCAAAUGGAAGUCAAGAUAAAUUACAUUUUUGUGAAAUUCCUCAAUUAACUAACAAUCAAAAUGAUGAUGGUUCAACAGAAGUUGAAGAAGAUGAAAAUCAUCAUCAUCAUCAUGACCAUAAUCAUGAACAUCAUCAACAACAUCAACAUGAACAAAUUUUUCAUUCUAAUCAAUCACAUCAUUCUCAUGAAAUUGAUCAUCAUCAUCAUGUAAAUUCACCAUUAUCAAGAUUAUUAUUAAUUGGUAUACAAACAACAUUAGCAAUAACAUUACAUAAAUUACCAGAAGGGUUUAUAACUUAUAUAACAUCAGAAACAAACCCCAAAUUAGGUAUAUCAAUUUUUAUAAGUUUAAUAUUACAUAAUUUUACAGAAGGAUUUUCAAUGUGUUUACCAUUAUAUUAUUCAAUGUCACAAUCAUCAAAUUUUCCCAAAUUAAAAGCAGUGAUGAUAAGUUCAUUAUUAGGAGGAUUAUCACAACCUUUAGGUGCCGUAUUAGGAUUUUUAUUUUUAAAAUUUAAUUCAAAAAAUUAUAAUUUAACAAAUUUAAAUUUUAUAUUUGGUAUUACAAUGAGUAUAACAAGUGGAUUUUUAACUGUUAUUGCUUUAUCUAUGUAUGGAUCAGCAGUAUCAUUUGGUGGAGAUAUGAAUUUUGUAAUGAUUUGGUGUAUUGUUGGUAUUAUAAUAAUUGGAAUUUCAACAAUUUUUUCAACUACUUGA